GAAAGCGAAGACUCAAGAUUUCAUCAUCUCGGACCACGGAAAUGGCCCCCAAAGCAGAUCCCCAAUCCCUUAACGCCGGAAACCUGGCUGAUCCGGCGGUACAAACCUCAAUAGAUCCACUGUUUCACACCCUGAAGGUCCUCCCCUACUCCUUCCUCCGCCCGCCACGCCUACGCUUGAAACUCCCAUCACUCACCCUUCCUUCUCCCAUGACCGUCUUCGGCCUUGUCCUGCUCACUUACUUCAUGGUGGUCUCCGGUUUCGUCUACGACGUUAUCGUCGAGCCCCCUGGCAUCGGCUCCACUCAGGACCCCGCCACCGGCUCCGUCCGCCCCGUCGUCUUCCUUCCCGGCCGCGUCAAUGGACAGUACAUUAUCGAAGGACUCUCGUCUGGCUUCAUGUUUGUGCUUGGUGGGAUUGGGAUUGUUCUCCUGGAUCUCGCCCUCGAUAAGAACAGGGCCAAGAGCGUUAAGGUCUCCUAUGCCUCUGCUGGGAUCUCCUCGAUUUUCAUUGCCUAUGUUAUGAGUAUGCUCUUUAUUCGCAUCAAGAUCCCGGCUUAUCUUAGAUGAGUUAAAUAUUACCUUAAACAUAAUGAGAACAUCUCUUUGUUUGUCAUUGAUGGUAGUUGAACAUUUGGCAAUGAGUAAAAUGUUGUGGGUUUCUCCUCGAUUUCUUUUCUUGUUAGGGAAUGAUUUUUGGUGUUAAGUUGGGGAAUGACAUUAAUAAGUCUUUGAGUUAUAUACAUUGAUUGCUUUGGUGUCAUGUUCUUUAUCUCCUUUUGCUUUCUUUGAAACUUAAGUCUUUGUUUAGGAACCAUUUCGGGUAUGCAAAUGCAUUUUGUCCUU